ACCUGAACGAAAUCUAGGACCACUCAUCCCUAAGCUUCGCGAACCCUUCUCUCUAUCUCUCUCUCAUCAUCAUCUUUUCAAAAUUAAAAAAUGAUAACCAUAGGAAAUUCAAUAGCAACAAGCGAAAAUCGUAGAAUCUUGAGUUGGGUAUAGAUGAAGACUGAAGGAUCCCCUCUCUUUUCCCAAAUAAAUAUAUUUUAGUCGGAGUGAGAUCUAUUCUUCGAGCUUCCACUGCAAACUCCCCCUGAAGUGGACGUGAAGAAAGGAAGCUGAAACCAUGUUAUACCUUGAUAUCUUUCCUUCCCUCCUCUUCACAGGCUUCCCACUUGUAACCAUCACCGCCCCCCUAAAGCAAAAACAUACAGGUCCUUCCAAUUUCCUUCCAGCAUCCUUUCUUCUUCUUUCCAAAUCCAAGUCCCUCUUGAUAGUUCUCUCGAUCAGGAGAUCAUGGACGGAUUGAAUGUGAUGACGAGGAGGGUCGAGAUCGAUCGGAGAGCACCAUUCAAGUCUGUCAAAGAGGCCGUUUCGCUGUUCGGAGAGAAAGUCCUCGCCGGAGAGCUGGUUUGUACCAGCAAGCUCAAAGAGAUGCAUCAAAAUGGAGUCAAACUGAAAAGGCAUACGAAUGGCGGCAACGGUGACGAAAGCCUCACGGAAGAGCUGAGAGAGACGAAGCAGAGCCUCCUAAUGGCGAGAGAGGAAGGCCUGUCCAUGGCCAAGUCCCUCUCUUCCCUCCAGGAAGAGCUCGCUCGGACCAAGCGCGAGCUCCACCAUCUUAGGAGGCUGGAGCGCCACCGGGAUCCCGACUUGGACACGAAACAGAAGCACCCCACUGAGGCCGUCGUUGGCGGCAGCAGCAGAGGUGGCCGUGGUGGUGGCGACGAUGACAAAGAAGAUGUAAAGUUCGUGGAGAAGACGACAACGGAGUUCCAGAAGAAGCGGUACGUGACGUUCUCCAACCCCGUGUCGGUGGCUCAUCAUGUGGCGGCGCCACUGGCCACGGCGGCGGUCGAUGAGGCGGUGCUGCGGAGGCAUCCCUCGUUGAGGAAGAAGAAGAAGAAGGCGCUGAUUCCGCUUGGCCAUCUCAUCGGGGGGAUCUUCUUGAGGAAGAGAGGGAACAGAGCUGAAGCUACGACGUCGGCGCAACAUGCAUGAGAAUGCAACACAAGAAGCGCUCGAACACGAUGUUUGGUCGAACAAUGGUGAAUCGAUCUGUGUCUUCGUUUUCGUUACAUGUUCGUUUUCCUCAGUAUACUUGUCUGCCAAAUCGGAGAAGACAGAUGAUAAGAAUCGUCUGCACAUUGAAGUUUCAACGGGCCAACUCUAGUGCUUGGUUCCGAGAAACGCGUAUGUUUUUUUUUUUCCCGAAUUAGUGGAUUUUAUAAACGAUUGGAUUAAAAAGAAUAUCAAAAUUUUUAAU